AUGGCGGCGGCCGGCGGUCCCGUGUUGUGGCGGCGGCUCUUGGGCCUGCUUCCUCACGGGAGGCUGGGCCUGGCCGCGCUGCUCGGGCGCCUCUCGGACCGGCUGCCCCUCGGCCGGGACCGGCGCUCCCGGAGAUCAUCAUGGCUGCUGCUGGCCCCAUUGCUCACCCCUGCGGUUCCUCAGGUCACAGCCCCAUCAUUCUGCGUUUGUCCUGAGGCGGCGCACAGGUUCCAGUGGAUCAGGAACCUGGUUCCAGAGUUUGGGGUCUCCAGCUCUCACAUCCGGGUGCUCUCCUCCCCAACUGAAUUCUAUGAGCUCAUGAAGGAACAGAUAAAGACAGCCAAGCAGCGAGUGGUGGUGGCUUCGCUGUACCUUGGAACAGGACUCCUAGAACAGGAGCUGGUGGAUUGCAUAGAAGAAACACUGGAGAGGUCACUGCAGGCAAGUGGGCCCUCUGACUUCAGAGUUUCCAUUCUCCUAGAUUUCACAAGGGGAUCUCGAGGCAGGAAGAACUCUCGAACCAUGUUACUUCCACUGCUGAGAAGGUUUCCAGAGCAAGUCCGUGUAUCCCUCUUCCACACUCCAAAUCUGCGUGGGCUUCUCAAACGCUUAAUCCCUGAGCGUUUCAACGAAACCAUCGGGCUGCAGCACAUCAAGGUUUACCUCUUUGAUGAUAACGUGAUCCUGAGUGGCGCAAACUUGAGUGACUCGUACUUCACCAAUCGGCAGGACCGCUAUGUGUUCCUACAGGACUCUCCGGAGAUCGCCGAUUUCUUCACUGAACUAGUGGAUGCAAUUGGAGAUGUGUCGCUGCAGUUACAGCCAGAUGAUACAGUCCAGAUGAUGGAGGGGAUGGUGCAUCCUUACCAAGGAGACAAGACGGCAUAUUGUGAAGUGGCAAAUAGGAGAGUAAUGGAAGUGAUCAAUGCUGCCAGGACACGACAAGAACUUCACUCGCAGACUUUUCAUGGAAGGCGAUCAGAAGGAGAUCCGUUAUUGCCCCAGCGAGACCCUAAUGCAGGAGGGGACCAAAAACCAGAACCGGACACCUGGAUUUAUCCACUAAUUCAAAUGAAACCCUUUGGGAUUCAAAUAGAUGAGAGAGUCACGGAGACGUUGCUGACAGAGGCAGAGCGAGGUGCCAGAAUAUACCUCACCACUGGCUACUUCAACCUCACGCAAGCCUACAUGGAUCUCGUUCUGGGCACCAGAGCAGAGUAUCAGAUCCUGCUGGCCUCACCGGAGGUGAAUGGGUUCUUUGGUGCCAAAGGGGUGGCAGGUGCCAUUCCUGCUGCCUAUGUGUACAUUGCACAUCAGUUUUACAGCGAGGUGUGCUGCCUUGGCCAGCAAGACAGGGUCCGACUGCAGGAGUACUCCAGGAAUGGAUGGACUUUCCACGCUAAAGGCCUCUGGCUGUACUUGGCAGGAAGCAGUCUACCCUGCCUGACUCUGAUUGGCUCUCCUAAUUUUGGGUACAGGUCGGUUCAUCGGGACCUGGAAGCUCAGGUUGCAAUAGUGACAGAAAAUCGUGACCUGCAGCAGCAGCUCCAUCAGGAGCAGGAGCAGCUUUACCUCAAGUCAGGCGUCGUGUCGUCGUCUACAUUUGAACAGCCAACCCGCUAUGUAAAGCUGUGGGUGAAGCUGGUAACGCCUCUGAUUAAGAACUUCUUUUGAAAGGAGAAAGGAUCCUCCUCUGGAUUGAAGGUCCAGACGUAGGUGGGGCCUCGCAUGCGAGUCUUGUAGACUGGGCACUCAUAGACAUUCUUGGUGUCCAUACGGUCCAC